ACUCUAUUGACCAUAACAUGCCAGGCACAUCAAGGCUUAACGUACAAAACAAGGCAAUGAAGAAACAGAGACGCAAGAUCAAUGGCGCUGCAAUGAGCCAGUGGUUACCAUAUUCGAUGGCUUUAUAUGGAUUUAGAGAGAAGGCAAGAUGGAGACAAAAAUCAAGGGGGAAGAAAAAGAACAAACAGGCACUAAAUAAGGCAGUGCGCACUGCAUGGAUUCUGCGAAAUACUUCAGCAAGCAACCUAUUAAUUUCAGGAACCGCCACCACCCAGACUGAGGAACCAGACAGCCGUAAACAAAGUGCAAACCAGAAGGUAGCGGACAAGCCCAACACUGGCAAGAAACAGGAAGAGAGUAAAGAGCAAGGCCCGUUCUUCUACAUCGGAGGCACUAAUGGAGCUUCACUAAUUGCGGACUUCUGCAGUAACAAGGGGUGGAAACAAAUCUCGGACAACAAUCGAGAAGACUACUACUUUAAAUGGUCCGAUAUUAACCCACUGGCCAACCACAAGUUCCAUGAAGGUAAACAGUUGCUGAACCAAAUCCCAAACAACAAAGUUCUGACCAGCAAGUUUGGCCUCUGCUCUUCCCUCAAGGACAAUGAGCGUAUAAUGAAUAAGUAUGGCAGAAUCAUGUUUUCAAAAUUCAUGAAACUGGAACAGUUUUACCCUGAGACUUACCGAAUGGAUAUAAAAAGUGAACGCUACACUUUCUGCCGAGCCUUCCAAAGUGGGCAGAUUUGGAUAUCCAAACCUGCUGAAUCGUCCCAAGGGAAAGGAAUCUUCCUUUUGAAGACUCAUGAUGACGUAAAAGAAUUUCUUAAAAAAUUGGAAAGUGUGGAGGAGAAUCCCUAUAUCCGAAUGUGUUUCUGCAACUCCCCUAUCAAUAGAAUCGUGCAAAGAUAUGUUGACGAGCCCUUGCUCCUUGAGGGGAGGAAGUUUGACGUUCGCUCCUACUUCCUGAUCGCCUGCACCUCACCCUAUAUGACCUUCUUUCGCCAUGGUUACGUCAAACUGACGUGUAAUGAGUACAGUCCAGAUUCAGACGAUCUGACGGAUCACCUGACCAAUCAGUUCAUCCAGAAAAAGAACGCCAAGUAUAGUGAGAUGAAGGAGGACACGAUCUGGUCCAUGGAACACCUGAACGACUACAUCAAUGAGAAGUACAUGGAGGCAAAACGGCUCCCGAAGGACUGGGUCUUCACUGUCUUCACGAAAAGAAUGCAGCAAAUCAUCACACAGUGCUUCAUUGCAAGCAAAGCCCGGCUGGCUAGUAAACUGGGCUACUUUGACCUGCUGGGUUGUGACAUUAUGAUUGAUCAGAAUUUCAAGGUCUGGUUGCUGGAGAUGAACUCAAACCCAUCUUUGCAGAGAAACUGUGAGAUCCUCAAAACUGUCAUCCCCAAAGUAAUGAAUGAAGCUCUUGAUUUGGUGCUUGAAAUAUUCAGAAAAUCUUCCAGGGGAAUGUGUAUCUUGCCACUUGACACACAGAAAGAAUUUGUCCUGUUGUAUAAUGGCUCUCCCAAGGAGCCAUUUCUGAAAUCAUUUAAAGACAGGCUAGAAUACAAGAUAUCAGAAAGAGCAACAAUUCUGAAACGUCCUCAGCAUUCCGAGAACAGACCACAGCUAAAAGUUGUGACGAGUAUAGAGUUGAUGACAACAACGGAUCCUAUCUCAAUUCAGACAAGACUUGUACCCAAUUUUACUUCACUGAUCCAUCAAGGGCAAUUGCCACAACAUUUGCGUUCUGCCAAGAAUAGAAGCAACGGUGACGUCCCGUCUCGUGAUCACCAAGCUGGAGCCUCCUCAGAUGAACAGAGUCAGCAGCAGCACGCCCCAGAGUUAGGUUUAUCCAAGCGGAGGACAAUGGCUCCACAGUUAGGGCCAGCAGGCAUUAAGCAACAUUCUGCUGGCCCUCACCUGCGUAAGAGUCUGCAGGACAACCUCCUCACGUUUAACGCUUCCUUUCAUUCUCUGAUCAUCACCAGGAACCACCUCAGUUCCAAGAAGGUCGUACCAAAAGGAACGGAGAUGAAGAUUGACUCUAAAGCAAUCCACACGUGACCUGGCACUGUCAACAAUGGCAGGGGGGUGCUCUUUUUACAGUUAAUGUUGAAAUUAAAAUCAAAUGUUUUUCAUAAAAUGUUCUGAAUGUUUAAUUAGCUUUGCCAGAGGUGAGUCAUAGACUAUUCCAUGUUUGACAAUGUGAAGUAAAAAUAUCCUUUGGGUGCAUUAGUUACUCAUUUAUAAUGAAUAAAAGUGGUGUUUGUGAUGUGGUGUUUUUACAAUGAAUUCUUCAUUACGCUAAUUGUUACUUCAGAUUGUGGAAUUAAGAACUUAUUAAUUUAAUGGACAAAUGUCUGAAUCGAGAAAGUUCUUCAAUAUAACUUCGAGGCUGAUAGUAGAAUGUUGACCGAGCUACAUAAAUUAACUGAUGUAAAUCCUCUGCCAAAUUCUGAAGGAUCUAUUUUGCCCCUGAGCCUGCUAGUUAGUCUGCACAUCAUCAUAGAAACAUAGACAUAGAAACAUAGAAAAUAGGUGCAGGAGUAGGCCAUUCGGCCCUUCGAGCCUGCACCGCCAUUCAAUAUGAUCAUGGCUGAUCAUCCAACUCAGUAUCCCAUCCCUGCCUCUCCAUACCCCCUAAUCCCUUUAGCCACAAGGGCCACAUCUAACUCCCUCUUAAAUAUAGCCAAUGAACUGGCCUCAACUACCGUCUGUGGCAGAGAAUUCCACAGAUUCACCACUCUCUGUGUAAAAAAGGAUUUUCUCAUCUCGGUCCUAAAAGACUUCCCCCUUAUUCUUAAACUGUGACCCCUAGUUCUGGACUUCCCCAACAUCGGGAAUAAUCUUCCUGCAUCUAGCCUGUCCAACCCCUUAAGAAUUUUGUAAUUUUCUAUAAGAUCAGUAUAU